GCCUUCAAGGGCGGCUUGAGCGACGACGAUCGCACGCCAAACUUCGGGUGGAAACCUCAGAUCAUUUUUUUUGUUAAACGUUCGAUAAGUGACCAGAGUAACGAUACGUGAGGACGUUUUGAAGGGCCCAAAUGUAUCGCAAAGGCCGUUUCCCCUGGCUCAGAAUUGUUCUGUGAUUCUACAGCGGAAAGGUUGCGCGCAAUAUUCCAGAUUUUAUCCGAUAUAUGAUUGCGGUCUUUAGUAGUUUAAUAGAUAACACGAAUGUUUUUUUUGUUGUUGCACUAAAUGACUUACUGAAACAGCGGCUAAGGUUUCCGCUUUGUAGAGAUUGUAACUUUAAAGUUGCAGGUCACGAGUUGCUACUCGAUAAUCAUGAAUCCAUCAUAUACAUAUAUACACCGUAUUUGAAUCGUGUUUUAUAGCGAAUCAGAAAACUGUGCUGAUGGAACGUGUAUGUACACCAUGUGCUGUAAUCAUAUGAAACAGAUUUUAUACUUUAAUCCAGUGCUUAGCAUUUGAACUCUGUUAUAAAACCCGCCGUGACAUAAAACCUAGCAGGACAAAACAACUGGGUGAUCGGGUCAAUGGUUGGCUUAUGCAACGGAUGCCAAUGCAUAUUCCGUGUACCAGAUUUCACAUCGCAUAGCCAUGGCUGCUUGCAUGUGGCCUUGUAUUAAAAAUACUGAUUUCCCUGAGGAUUGUGAUGGUGCAUUCAGCAAGGAGUGGUGCUAAUGUUGCAGAUUAUUAUCCUUGUACAGCUCAGAAGAGAAGGCAUGCCUUUCUCAAAAUAAAUGCCUUAAGGUGGUGCAAAAGGGCAGUGAGAAACGAUAUCAUUAAAUGUAAAAGGAAAUCAGGGGCAAGUAUGGGGUACGCAUUUUGUACAAAUAAAGAAAGACGGCAUUUACUUCGCAGCACAAUUUUAAACAAAAUAUAUUCAAGAAUGAUGACCUGUUUAACAAAUCGGGAAUAAUUAUUUUAGAGUAAUGGUUAUGCAAUAAAUGAGCUCCCCAGUGUAGGCAACGUGUGUGCUGUUUGAACGUUAUAUAACACGCCAUCGUACAGAGGUUUUUUUUUUAAUCGAACACCCCUUUGUUUACCAAGUCCAAAUCACAGCAGCUAGAGCCAAACACCACGGCUAUACAAUUGAACGCAUUUGCAAUGUUUGUCUUUUCAUUUGAACGACCAAUAAGACGUUAUGCCACCUGUGUCAUUUUUAUUUCGCACGAAUAAAUUCCUGGUGAAACUCAACCUCGCAAAUUUCGGAAUGGGAGGUCAUUUGUAACAUCAGGGCCGGCUUUAAAUGGGGUGGGUGGGGGGAGCCUGCACCAUCCAAAUGUUGUCUCUCUCUGGCCCACCAAGUGCCCUCUCCUGAGCGGUGAAUCGCUGUCACAGUGGAUCACAUGGGCAGCUCUAACUGGAUCCUCCCAUGCCGGAGAAGCCCGAACGGGGCCUAAGUGACGUGCGCUUGCGUUGCGCUUUGUUGAGGGAGACGGCGGAGAACGGGUUCGGGUAUGAAGGGCGCAAUCCACAAAGCUCCUUCAUGGCUGCCACCACGCGACUCAUACCGGGCCCGUGGAAGAUGGGCGGUGUAAAUGAGCCGAGAGGCCAAUGUGUGUGUUUUGGACUUCUUUCGCACCGUACGUAACCAACCGUGCUAAUCGAAGGUGCGGGGGGGGGGGGAUACAACAGACUAAACACAAAAAUCAGUUCUAAAGAAAUGAGUUUUCGAUCUAUAUUCAAAAGUGCAUCGCUCCAAGUAGCUUCCUACUGCUCACACCAGGACUCCUCCCUCGCUCCUGCGUUUUGGAAGCUCAUGGUGAGCGUAACCGACAUUGAUAAUUAUUGAGGGGAUGCAGGCAAUGAUAUUUAGGAUGGACAAAAACUAAAUUCCAGGAGAGAAUACAUCCAAAGUGUACGUCAGCUUCGUGCCUUUGUGGAGUUGCGUGGGCGUCUUGAGUUGCUCACUCCUUCGUUGCUAUUGCCCUUCAGUGACAGAAUCCGAGGGGCGAUAGGGGGCACCACUGCCCCCUCCCCCACCAUUGAGACCACAAAAAUUGGUAUUUUAUUGAUAGUUACCGGAGAAAAUACUUUGUAUAUAUAAAACGUAGGGCUCUAUUUAUAAAUCUUGAAAUAUCACGACCUCCCUCCCUUCUACUUCCCUCUGCCCGCUUAGGAAGGUUUCUAGAUUCGUCUCCGGUUGCCUCCUUGCCGGGAUUAUUGCGCAGCAAUAACCUCGACUCUUGAGUGACCCCAGGGGGGAGUGCACGGGGCGUGGCUGUCCCCCGUUUCCUGCGCUGCCUGUUCCCUUUCUGCACGCCUUAAUAAGCAUCCUGCCAAUUGUUCUGCGGUAAAAUGUCAACUCGGCACAAUCACCCGCAGUCGGGAAGUCACAUGUGGCCCUCAGUCUUAAGUGAACUUUAAAUCUGCAGGCCAGAAACUUUUUUGAGCACACGAAUUGGGUUGCCACCUUUCCGGGCUUGAACCCGGACAGUCUGGGAUUUGGCAGCUAUCCGCGUUGGGGUGGUAGGCAUUGCUUGUACCGAUAUUCGGUACGGGCGUUGUGUUGGAACUUUUAUUAUGGUACAAUGCACCGUUUUAAUGGACCUCCGCUGACUGAGAGACAUGUCUGGAUCUGGUCUCGCAGUGGAAAGGUGGUGACUCCUACACUUGCAGGAGGAGCAAGAUAAUGCACUGUGCUUAAAAUAACAACAAUAAUAUGUGUGCUUAUAAUUCACAAGGCAGUGCCUGCAGUAAUCCAGUAGCCACAUCAACUUGUAGCGUAUGGCACGAGCCACUGACUUGUGUUUGUACAUUCCAGGUUUCAUAGUUCUGGGAUAAAAACCACCCUCAUCAAUUUAUUAUCGUGUGCUGUAUCGUGUGCUACAUCAUGUAUUUUUUUUUUGCCCACACACAGGCAACAUUUUACAUUGAAAUAGAGGUCAUCGCUGAUGGAUGUGUUAAAGUGAACUUUAAGAAAAGCCCCUUCGAGUGCAUUUCUGUUUUGGCGACGUACCCUUCGCGUUCCGUCCCUGUCUCUUAAUGGCUUCAUAAUUUAUCAAGUGGAAUGAACGAAAGGAAUCCUUUACAGAAUUUGCGCUCUUUGUCAUGCGAAACGUACUGCAGAUACGCACUGUAUAAGAUUAAAUCUCCCAACGAUCCCAUUACGCACUCUCCCGCUGUGGUGCACUGUCUAUCGGAGAUUCGGCGCGAUAGUGCGAUGGAGUGUCGAGUUAAUUUGUUUUCAAAAUCGCAUUACGCAAUCCGCGUUAGUGGGAACAGUUCCCAGAAAAAUAACCCCAUUGUCCGGGAGACGUCCACCGGGGGCCUCUUCUUUGGAAAUGGGUGCACGUGCACAGGGAAGAAGAGAAAUAUCGACAAUAUAUGGCUGGACUUCUUGCUCCUCCGUAUGGGGUGACUGAAGCCACACCUGGAAACGGCAUAGCUGACAAAGAAAACAUCAGCGGCAAUGCCUCGUACGCCUCCGCCAAGCUUCCGAGCAAGACUCCUAUAAUAGAGAACACAGUCUCCCACCGUCCAUUAAAACCUCUGGGCCAGGUUUCGCUCAUGAGCCAGGUCCCCUCGGAGAAGAUCCUCCACGCUGGCGUCGUCCUGAGGAACGUGAUCCUGAGCAGGGCCUCUCACAUGAUCAGGGACCGCAAGUACCACUUGAAAACCUACAGGCGGUGCUGCGUGGGGGCCGAGCUCGUCGAUUGGCUGAUGCAGCAGAGUCCGAGCGUGCACGCGCGCACCCAGGCCGUCGCCAUGUGGCAGGUGCUGCUGGAGGAGGGCGUCCUCAAUCACGUCGACCAGGAGCAGAACUUCCAGGACAAGCUGCUCUUUUACCGCUUCUUGGAGGACGAGGCGGAGACGCCGCUGUUCCCCCUGGUGGACGAGCUGCGCGAGAGCGAGGAGGAGCUGCAGGAGACGCUCAUCCUCCUGUCGCAGCUCGGCCCCGACGCCCUCAUGAGGAUGAUCCUGCGCAAGCCACCCGGUCAGCGGGGGCCGGACGACCUGGAGAUAAUCUAUGAGGAGCUUCUUCACAUCAAGGCCCUCUCCCAUCUCUCCAUCACGGUGAGGCGGGAGCUGGCCAGCGUGCUGAUCUUUGAAUCCCACGCCAAAGCUGGCACCAUCUUGUUUAACCAGGGUGAGGAGGGCACCUCGUGGUACAUCAUCCUCAAGGGCUCUGUCAACGUCGUCAUCUAUGGAAAGGGCGUUGUGUGCACCCUCCACGAAGGCGAUGAUUUUGGGAAGUUGGCCCUGGUGAACGACGCUCCUCGGGCGGCCUCCAUUGUCCUGCGAGAAGACAACUGCCACUUCCUCCGUGUGGACAAAGAGGACUUCAACCGAAUCCUGCGAGAUGUGGAGGCCAACACGGUGCGGCUCAAGGAGCACGGCCAAGACGUCCUGGUGCUCGAGAAGAUCCCGUCGGGGGGCAGGGUGGCCCUGCAGGGCGGCUCCCAGGUGCACUACAAGUACUCGGUGAUGUCAGGGACCCCCGACAAGAUCCUCGAGCACCUGCUGGAGACGAUGCGGCCCGACACCAAGUUCGAUGACACGAAGGAGACCUUCCUGGGAGACUUCCUGCUCACCCACGUGGCGUUCAUGCCGAGCAGCCAGCUGUGCCCCGCUCUCAUGGGACAGUACCACGCCGAGUCGACGCGGUCGCAGGGCUCGGAGCAGGAGAAGGCCGACUACUCGCUGAGCACCAAGCGGCGCGUCGUGCGGCUCGUGCUGCAGUGGGCGGCCGUCUAUGCGGAGCUCCUGCAUGAGGACGUCGCCGCCACCGCCUUCCUCGAGGAGUUCCACAUCUCAGUGCUGGAUGACGCACGUCUGCAUCCCAUCCUCAAGGAAGACCUGAUCGAGCUGGAGAAGCUCAAAGCCAAGACUUUAUCGAACGGCAUCCAAAACAAGUCCACGCCGAAGAAACGUCUCCUGCGACAGUUCAGCAUCGGAGAGGAGCGUCUGCAGAAGUGCCAGCCCAUCCGAGGGACUGAUGAGAUCCUCUUCAAGGUCUACUGCACCGACCACACCUACAUGACGAUCCGGGUGCCGAUGGCCGCCACCGUGAGGGAGGCGAUAGCGCCAACGACCGACAAGCUGGGCUCUGCCGAGGACCUGGUGCUCGUCAAAGUCAGCUCUGCCGGUGAGAAAGUGGUACUGAAGCCCAGCGACGUGUCGGUGUUCACCACGCUCAGCGUCAACGGGCGGCUCUUCGUGUGCGCGCGCGACGUCAUCGACUCCCUGACGCCACUGGCGGAGCAGGAGGGCCCCGCCGUGGGCUCAGUCGGUACCUUCGAGGUGAUGGGCUCCAAGGAUCUGGCUCACCAGCUCACAGUCUACGACUGGGAGCUCUUCCACUGCGUGCACGAGCUGGAGCUCAUAUACCACACGUUUGGGCGACACAACUUCAGAAGGACCACGGCAAACCUGGACCUGUUCCUGCGGCGCUUUAACGAGCUGCAGUUUUGGGUGCUCACCGAGAUCUGCCUCUGCCAGCAGCUGAGCAAGCGCGUGCAGCUGCUGCGCAAGUUCAUCAAGGUGGCCGCACACUGUAAGGAGUACCGCAACCUCAACUCGUUCUUCGCCAUCGUGAUGGGGCUGAGCAACGUCGCCGUGAGCCGCCUCACGCAGACCUGGGAGAAACUUCCCGGAAAGUUCAAGAAAAUCUACUCGGAAUUCGAAAGUCUCAUGGACCCCUCUCGCAACCACCGCGCGUACCGCAUGGCUGUGUCCAAGCUGGAGCCGCCGUACAUCCCGUUCAUGCCGCUGCUCAUGAAGGACAUGACAUUUACGCACGAGGGGAACAAGACGUUCAUCGACAGCCUGGUGAAUUUUGAAAAAAUGCACAUGAUCGCCGAGACGGUGCGGACGGUGCGGGUGUGUCGCAGCCGGUCCUUCAAUGAAAUCGCCUCCACAAGCCGGGCUUAUUUGUCCAUACUUCCCCACGCUGGCCCCGACCCAUCGCUCGCCGCCAAGAACCACGCAGACGUGCGCGCCUACGUGCGGCAGCUGUCUGUCAUCGACAACCAGCGCACGCUCUCGCAGCUCUCCAACAAGCUGGAGCCGCGGCGCCCCUGAACCCCCCCCCCCCCUGGUGCCAGCGCCCCGCCGCUGCCCCUCGAGGUCGCGGCCCCUCGAGGUCGCUCCGAUCGGCACCACCGCUGCACCCAGUGAGGGGCGGCGGUGGCGUGAUCCGUUUCCGCGCGCCGCCACGUGACCCCCACGACCCCCACGACCCCCACGACCCCCACGACCCCCACGACCCAUCGACUUCACGACCCCAACGGCCGCAUGGCACUCGUAUCGAUUGCACAAAGUUUUUGAAGCACACGGAAAUGUGAAUCUCCGCACGGGGAGACUUGCAGCGGGAAAACGUUCACAAAGAUUUGUACUUUUUUUCUACAGCUAAUGAAGCUCGUUAUAUUCUGGUGAUUUUUUUUUUCCGCCGGUAUAUAUGAUUUUGAAUGUUUUUUUUUCCUGACAUUUCUCGACAGUUUUUUUUUGUGGCUUUGAAUGAUGACCCUGUGAGGCCACCCCCAUUGCACCGUGCGGUUGUCUUAUGUUCUCUUGCGUUAAAACCUGGACGAUUUAUCAGGCUGCAUCCCCCCUCCCCCCUCGGUCGUGUCAACACGGCACUUGUAUACUAUUUCUGUAAAAAUCAUGACGCCGAGGUGGCCGAUUUUACCGCCCCUUCAAUCGCUGUUGUCUCUUCGUCGACGAAGCAUUGCGUUGACUGCAAUUGUGCUUCACAAUUUCUGUGGCACCGAAGUCUUAACCGUUUGUUAAUGAUUUUUUUUUCUCCUGUUGCAAAGAAGGGGCUUAACUAAGUUUCCAGCCUAAAAAAAAAAACACGCUCCAAGCAAAGCACAGAAUGCUUUUUAAAAAUGUUGUGGACAAAAAAAAA